AUGGCCACUCCUCUCACUGACCAGGAGAAACGCAAGCAGAUCAGCAUCAGGGGCAUCGUGGGGGUAGAGAACGUGGCCGAGCUGAAGAAAGGCUUCAACCGCCACCUGCACUUCACCCUCGUUAAAGACCGCAAUGUGGCCACUCCGCGCGAUUACUACUUCGCGCUCGCCCACACGGUGCGGGACCACCUGGUGGGGCGCUGGAUCCGCACGCAGCAGUUCUACUACGAGACGGACCCCAAGCGUGUGUAUUACCUCUCUCUGGAGUUCUACAUGGGGAGAGCACUCCAGAACACCAUGGUCAAUUUAGGAUUGCAAAAUGCCUGCGAUGAGGCCAUCUACCAGCUGGGUUUGGAUAUGGAGGAUUUGGAGGAUAUGGAGGAGGAUGCUGGAUUGGGGAAUGGUGGACUGGGUCGGCUGGCAGCAUGUUUCUUGGACUCCAUGGCAACGCUGGGCCUUGCUGCAUAUGGUUAUGGGAUCCGAUAUGAAUAUGGAAUCUUUAACCAGAGAAUCAAAGAUGGCUGGCAGGUAGAGGAGGCUGAUGAUUGGCUGAGACAUGGGAACCCAUGGGAGAAAGCUCGCCCUGAAUACAUGCUGCCAGUGCAUUUCUACGGACGAGUGGAGGAGACUGAGGAGGGUUCGAAAUGGGUUGACACCCAGGUGGUCCUAGCCAUGCCCUUUGACACACCUAUCCCUGGCUACAUGAACAACACUGUGAACACUAUGCGACUGUGGUCUGCACGGGCUCCAAAUGACUUCAACCUUCGAGACUUCAAUGUUGGUGAUUAUAUCCAGGCAGUUCUGGACAGGAACUUGGCUGAGAACAUUUCCCGAGUGCUCUACCCCAACGAUAAUUUUUUUGAAGGUAAGGAGCUGCGACUGAAGCAGGAGUACUUUGUAGUAGCAGCAACACUGCAGGACGUGAUUCGACGCUUCAAGACCUCAAAAAGGAAUUGCUCUGGCCCGCUUUCUUUUGACAGCUUCCCUGAUAAGGUGGCCAUCCAGCUGAAUGACACACACCCUGCUAUGGCCAUCCCUGAGCUCAUGAGGAUCUUUGUGGACAUUGAGAAACUGGACUGGGACACAGCCUGGGAUAUCACUAAGCGCACAUUUGCAUAUACCAAUCACACCGUUCUUCCUGAAGCUCUGGAGCGCUGGCCUGUCCGUCUGCUGGAGACAUUGCUACCACGUCACCUACAGAUCAUUUACCAGAUCAACCAGAUACACUUGGAUCACAUAGUGUCGUUGUUCCCGGGGGAUUUGGAUCGUAUGCGCAAGAUGUCUCUGGUAGAGGAGUAUGGAGAGAAGAAAGUGAACAUGGCUCACCUCUGCAUCGUAGGAUCCCACGCUGUUAAUGGAGUCGCGGAGAUCCACUCCAACAUCAUCAAAACUGACGUAUUUCGAGACUUCAGUGAGUUGGAACCAGAAAAGUUCCAGAACAAAACAAAUGGAAUCACACCUCGGCGCUGGCUCCUGCUCUGCAACCCUGGCCUGGCUGACUUAAUUGCAGAGGCAAUCGGAGAGGAAUAUGUUAAAGACCUGAUGCAGUUACAGAAGCUGAAUGAGCUGGUGGAUGAUGAUGCAUUUAUCAGAGACAUUUCUAAAGUCAAACAGGACAAUAAGCUGAAGUUUGCACAAUAUUUAGAGAGAGAGUACCAGGUGAAGAUCAACCCUGCCUCUGUGUUUGAUGUUCACGUGAAGAGAAUCCAUGAGUACAAACGACAGCUCCUCAACUGCCUUCAUGUCAUCACUAUGUACAACCGUAUCAGGGCCAAACCAACUGCACCGUUUGUACCACGUACGGUCAUUAUCGGUGGCAAGGCUGCUCCUGGCUAUCACAUGGCUAAAAUGAUUAUCAAACUGAUCACCUCUGUUGCUGAUGUCAUCAAUAAUGACCCCAUUGUUGGCAACAAGCUGAAAGUCAUUUACCUGGAGAACUACAGAGUCACUCUGGCAGAGAAAGUGAUUCCUGCAACAGACCUGUCAGAGCAGAUCUCCACAGCAGGCACGGAGGCGUCCGGUACUGGUAACAUGAAGUUCAUGCUGAAUGGAGCUCUAACCAUCGGCACCCUGGACGGUGCAAAUGUGGAGAUGGCAGAGGAGGCCGGCCAGGAAAACCUCUUCAUCUUCGGCAUGACUGUGGAGGAAGUGGCAGCCAUGGACCAAGAGGGCUAUGAUGCAAUGCAGUACUACAAGAGCAUCCCUGAGCUGAAGCAGGUCAUUGAUCAAAUUAAAUCUGGCUUCUUCUCACCAAAACAACCAGAACUUUUCCAUGACAUCACCAACAUGCUGUUCAACCAUGACCGCUUCAAGGUUUUUGCUGACUAUGAGUCCUAUGUCAAAUGUCAGGAGAAAGUCAGCGCUCUGUAUGAGGAUCCGAAGAAGUGGACUCAAAUGGUGAUUAAGAACAUCGCUGCUGCUGGAAAAUUCUCCAGCGAUCGCACAAUUGCAGAAUAUGCCACUCAAAUCUGGGGGGUGGAGCCAACUGACCUGAAGAUCCCGCCUCCCAGCGAGCCGCGGGAGGCCAUAGAGGAAACUGCACGAGCGCUCCGCAAGAUCUGAAUGUGCGUGUGUUGUUACCACAAUAUUACUGUAAUUUUUACAUGGUGCUUAUGGUGCAUUCACACACUGUUACUAAAUACCAGCUCACAGAUAUUCAGCUUUGCAUUUUUACAUUAUGUGAAAAC